AUGGGGAUACCCACAGAGUUAGUCGGAAGUCUUCCGCGACCAGAGGCUUUACAACAAGCCUAUGCAGACUACGACGCUGGCAAAAUUUUGAAGGGCCAGUUGGAGAAGGCACAGGAUGCAGCCGUCAAAGACUCAAUCAAUCGACUGAAAGAUACCGGCGAGACAUUCGUCAAUGACGGCGAGCAGCGCGCCAGCUCGUUCGCGACGUAUUCAAUCACCGAUACCCUAAGCGGAACGGGUCUGGCGGACGGCCUGGCAGGUGACGGACAGGUCUUUGCCUAUUUCGACGACGGACAUCAGCGACAACUACCUCGACUCACGAAAGGUCCGUUCAGGUAUCAGACCUAUGCGUUCGAAAACUUCAAGAAGUCGCAGGCGCUGGCGGAGGGCCAUGCCAUGAAGACUGCGGUCAUCUCGCCGAGCAUGUUGUACCUGCUGUAUCCUCUCAAGGGCGACCUUGAAGGGUACAACAGGCUGCAGUUUGUGCAUGAUCUGGUCCGGGAAUGUGAGAAGGAUAUUAGGGGAUGCUUCGCAGCGGGUGCGAAGAGGGUUUCGAUUGACUUCACUGAAGGACGAUUGACCAACAAGAAGGACCCCAGAAACCCCUGGACGAAUGAAGACUUGCUUCAAACAUUCGUGGAUAUCAUCAACACCGUCCUCGACCGCUUCACCCCUGAGGAGAGGAAGAAUAUUGGUCUUCACACAUGUCCCGGCGGUGACUAUGACUCUGUGCACUCGGCUGAAGUUCCGUAUCAUACACUUCUUCCGUCGUUGUUCAAGAUCAACGCAGGAUAUUUCUUGAUUCAACUGUCUUCGGAAAAGGACAAGAUCACCGUGUACAAGGAGAUCGGGGAACACAUCCGCAAAGACGGAAAUGGAGUCAAGCAAGUUGCUUUCAUCGGCGUCACGAACCCUCUUGACCCGAGAGUCGAGAACCCCGAAGAAAUUGCGAAUGAUCUGUGCGAAGCGGCAAAGUACAUCCCUAUCGAUCAACUCGGCGCGACGGAUGACUGCGGUUUCAGCCCUUUCAGCAUUGACAGUAAGCCCAAGUACGUCAAAGGUCCGGACUUUGCGAGGGAUAUUGCGUUCCAGAAGAUUUCGAAUCGGGUCAAGGGCGCCAAGAUUGCCUCUGAAAAGCUGGGUGUUUGA